GAAAACAUUUAAUUAUAAUUUCACUAAGUUUGCUGAUACUUUGUUCGCUAUCACUUUUAUAUCUUUGAAUAAUUUAAGCGAAAUAUUAGUAAUUUUUUUAAAGCAAAUUUGACGGAAAUUUUAUAAGAAAAAAUCCGUUGUACUAAUUUGGUUCAACCCUUUUGAAUGUUUCAAGGUCGAACUUUUUUUGGAGGUUCCAGAGUCUAGCUCAUAAAACAAUCUAAAUAUAUAUAUAUAAGUGCUGCAACUUAUAAAUUGUAUAUCGAUUAGGGUUGUUUUAAUGAUGUUUUGAUAAUUUUCAAGUUCAGUUUCCACAUUCUUGUGCCACAAAGAUCUUUAGACUUUAUUCAAUAUCACCCUCCCUCCCCACCUUCCUCGCCCGGUGAGACGUUUCAAAGUUUAUUCCAUAGUUCACGAUUGUUGUUAGAUUUUAAUUAAACAACACUCGAUACUUCUAGAUGUUAUCUACUUAUAUAAAUUUCUGGAAUGUUGAACUAACCUGCGAAAUCUUAUCACGUACCAGGUUUUCUGUGAUAUUUAUUACAUCAUUGUUUUAAGUGGCAAUCUACAAUGAAAGAUUGUGAUGACAUUUCUGUAUCAUCAGGGAUUCAUCAUCUGCAAAUGGUUUCAUCACUGGGUUCCAUAAUGGCAAAUUUUAAUGUUUCUUGCUUAGAUAAUUGUUCUGGGCACGGUGAUUGUUAUAAUGGGACUUGUUUUUGCGAGGUAAAAUAUAGCGGCGGUACUUGCACCGAUCCAAAUUUUAGUUAUUAUAUUGCAUUUUCUUCCAUUUUUUAUAUUAUAUGUGGAGUGUCUUUUAUUCAAUUGAUUCUUUCCAUAAAAGCAGAAUUUGGUCGCUUGAAAUCUCCAUCUUUAUUAAAAGCAUGUAGAGUUACUAAAGAAAAAUUGUUAUAUGUAUUAAUAUGCCUAGCGACAGGAAUGAGAGGGUUUUAUUUUUCGUCGCCUGAAAAUUCUCAUCUUCACUGGGCGUCAGGAAUGAUGAGAGCAUAUUAUCCAUUGGUCUUAACAGGAUCAUCUCUUAUUGUUUGUUUUUGGGCAGAAGUAUUCCAUUUACCCGACAUUCAGUCGGAUCAACCUUGUUUUUUAAGUAAAUCUUUCCUGGGAUUUAUUGCUUUUAAUAUCAUUCCCUACACGAUGCUAAUAACUGAAGUUUUACUACACCAGUUUUUUAUUUCAACUGAAAUUGAAAAGAGUUUCAUCACAACAAUAUUUGAUAGUUUAUACGCUGCCCUCAUAUUUAUAGUUGUUAUAUUUUUCCUCAUUUAUGGAGUACAAGUAUACUUCAAAGUUCGCGGAGGAUUCAUAGAAGCUUCAUCGACAAUAAACUUGUCGCAGCUUCAUCAGUCACGUUUGGGGCUCGUUUCUCAAGCCAUUUUAUUAUUGCUGACUGCUGGUUUUAUUGUUUCUGAUGUUCUUGGAGGAUUUUGGAAAGAUAAAUUACCAGUAAUGAGCAGAAAUUGGUAUGAUAUUAUGUAUAAAGUAGCUGAACUGGGAGUUGUUUUGUGGUUUCCGUGUGUAUUGUGGAAUUGUAUUAGUCCGGAACAGUUAUGGAUAUUGAAUCCAAGAAGAAUUUUACAGAAGUUAGAAAGGAAAAAGCAUUAUGAUGAGACAAAUGCUCUCGUGUCGCCGUGUAGAAAUAUUGUAGUCAUCAAAAAUGAGUCAAAUACAUUAGAAAGGCUUCCAGAAUGUUGGAUAUGUUAUGAUUCGGAAAGAACUGAUGCGGGACCUCUAAUCCAACCGUGCAACUGUAAAGGUGAUGUGUCAAUAGUUCAUCAUGAAUGUCUCAAGAAAUGGCUUGUUGAAUCAUCAGCUAAUCCAGACUGUAAAGAAUGCAAAGUUUGUAAAGUUAAAUACGAAUUAGAAAGUGGCCACGUCUGGCUCACGAAGGGGCUAACGCCGACGCAUUGGGUUCAGACCGCCGCGAUCAUAACGGUUAUGUGCAGCGCCAUCACCGGAGCCUGCAUAUGUGUCAAGGUGUUUGAUAACGUCGGCAUCCGUACUUUGGCCGUAGGCAUUGCUUUGAUUUUGGAAUAUGUGUGUUUAAGAUUGUUGGGAUUUAGUAUUUUGCGAGCCUAUCAGCGAGCAAAGAUUUCGGCAGUGAAAAUUCUCGGUCAAAAAUUUGGGAGGACAAAUUCUACAAAUGCUUCCGCUUCGACCGCGCAUGUACGUCUUCUUAAUAAUAGCAAUCUCGAAGAACUAGACGUGGCAACGGUACAACAGUCUAUCAUCGUGGUCAGGACCAUCACUGAUCCCAGUUCCACGCGGAUAGACUCGCACAACAUUCAUGUUGAAAUACGCCCUACAUGAUGGAUGCAUGACUGGCUCUGUUGAAGGGGUGGAAGUAAAUCCUUUUCGAAAGUCACUAUUUUUUAUGAUGAAUUUUUAUGGUGACAGGUUUGUUGACGAGCUAGCAUCACGAUUUGAGAUUUGGUUUGAUUACAAAAGGGAAUGAAUUCCUAUAAAAUGGAUCACCAAAGCAUGCAGUUAAAUAGACCUUAUUGAUUUGGCAUAGCUUUGAAAUAAUUUAUAUAAGGUUCUAUGCUAAUUUCAACUUUGCAAACAAAGAAAACAGUUUUAAAUUAAUCCAUAUUCCCUCAAACAUAUUUUCUAAAAAUAUGCCUAAUUCAAAAUUUAAUUAUCCAAAUGUCACUUCCAAAUUCGGUCGACCGUACCGAAUCCGAAAAAUCAACACGACGCAUGUGUUUUAAAUAUCUACAAACAAGAAGUAAUACCGUACAACAAUUAGGUCUUCCCGUACAGACAAUUAGACAGUCGUGUCUGUUUGUUGUUUAAUUCGACUGUACCUAAAUGUAAUUAUCCUAAUAAUUUUUUACCAAAAUAUGCAUCAAUUUAGAUCUCGUUCAGUGUUAAAUAUUGCAACUUACAAUACAAAAACUGACAUUCCACAGAAAUAAUUGACAAUUUUCUGAAUGGUAAUGCGUUCAGAAUUUGCUAUUUACAUUUCUCGUGUGCACAGAAAAGCGUGCAAUAAAUUAACAAAAUAAAAUUUGCCAGAAUUGUAACUUUUCUAAGAUAAGAAAAACGAGGAAACAGAUUCAAAAAUAUUUUUGAUUCAUCUUCCAAUUGUUUUUAGGCUUUUAGAUCUGCAUAGCCAAAAUCCAGAAAGACAAAAUAUUUAGAAUUAAGAUCACAAAAAUAUAUACUAUUUAAAUACAUUAUUGUAUGGCAGUAACUAGAAGUACAAUAACAAAACAAUAUUUUUAGAACUAAAUAUUAAACUUUUCUGUGUAAAGAUGAAGAAAAAUUACAUUAGAUAUUUUGAUGUAAAAUAGAGGAUAGACAGAGAAAGAUGGGCCCGGGUGAAUUAUUUAAGUAUAUAUUUUGUGGUAAACUUACACAUUUAGAAAUUAUCAUUGUAUAAUCACUCCACAAAAACAUCGAUAAUUUUGAGAGAUUAUGAGAAACAUAAAAUACAUUCAUCCAACUCUUCUUCCGCAAACCAAAUGCGCUAACUUCCAUAGAAAUAAUCGACGUGGAUUUAGUUAUACCAUUAAUUCUGUAAAUUGUUAAUUCUGCUGGAACUAUCAAAUUUAAAUUGGUAUUGUCUUCUCCAAACCGGAUAAUCUUCCACUCUAAUGUACAGAAAAUUGGAGGACAUUCCUCCGUCACUUGCUCCUCUCUUCCCGCAACCCAUUAAGAAAAACAAUAUGCAUUCAUACAACUGAACCACUUCAUUCCAUUUUUUUUUCUCUAUGUAAAGUGUAACUUAAGUAAAUCAUCAUUUAUAAAUUGUCAAAUUUCAAUGUUAAAUGGUAUAAUUUUUAAAUUGAUUUAUUGCUACAAUUAAUCAAACUUAAAAUUUCCUCAAAAAAUAGUAAGUUUUAUUAAGUCUUCUACUCUACACGGUACCUCGGCCCAAAGUUUUGUGGUUCUGGAUAUAUUUGUAUCCUACACCGUAAAGGAAAAAUGGUUUAAAAAACAUAUUUUUCUAAUUAGAAAGAAUGUCUGUAAUUGUACUUCUAAUAAUUGUUUAAAAAGAAUCUACGGUCACCCUUCGACACGAUUUGUGCCAAAGAAUUUCAUUCGUACAGUUUAGAGAAGAGUUUUGUAGAGGGAACGAGCGGCAUGCCUUUAUGUUGUACAUUAAAUAUAAACAAUGGUGUAUAUAGCGAUCCUGUUGUAUAAAAUAAAAUUUUACUUACAAUCCAA